AUGGACACUACAGCUUCAGAAAUUAACCCUGAACGUCUACAAUUUGUCGACACCGAGCGAAAUCCACCGGCUGACGAUCCGAAGAGCACCGCGCGCUAUUUGGCACAGAAAUGGGUUAACAACCCGAAAGCAUGUAGUUUCUUCUGCUCAUUGUUGAGUUUAUUGUAUGGAUUAACACUUACUGUAGCAGCAGUUUUUAUCGAAAUCUCCCCGACAUGGACCAAUCAAUUAAAUACCAGCGAAUUGAAUUGGACGUUAACCAAAUGCUCGAAGAAGCCAGACUCGACGGCUAGUCUAUAUCUCAGAUUUGGGCUGCUGGCAUUCGGGCUCCUUGGCCUCGUGCUCCUUUCCUCAGAAAUAAUCGCAAGGCUAGAAGAAGGAGGUGGUGAAAACGCUAUACAAAUUACUAAAUUUGUGCUGACGAUAAUUUUCGUUUUCGUGCAAAUGCAUUUUAUCUUUGCCCAUUCAAAGAUUAUUGUCGAACGCUCAAAAGCCAUUUAUUGCUUUGGGUUGAUGCAUGUAACGGCUGUUAAUGUAUAUUCAUGGAUACGAUAUAUCUUUGUGGAAGGGGUCCACAGUCAAAAGAAGCAUAUUCCAAAUAUUUCUACUGAUUUUAUUAUCGAUUUGGAUUUGAAAGUCGAAGGAUAUAUUGGUACUGGACCGACAACGAUUUUGGUGACUUGUCUGGUGGAAUUCUUCAUAAUCUGCUCAGCAUUGUUAUUGGUAAUGUGGAUGCAAAUUGCGCUUGACCUUUGGUUGACGGUGAACGGAAGCGAUCCAAGGCAUGCCCCCUUCAAAGCUUUUUAUUUUCUUCUCCUCUACAUUUUCCGGCUUGCCGCCAACGUGGCCCAGGCCAUUUUUAUUCUUCUGAGCUCGAGGUUAUUCAAAUUCGAGCGUCGUGACGAUAGGGGGAUUCCCGGGAUGCAUUCGGUGAUAUUUUUGAUGAUUGCGAAUGGGGCACUGUUUGUGCUGAGUUCUUAUGAGAGUUUAAAGACGGAUCUGCCGAUAUAUGAAUCGAGCGAAAUGUAUCCAUAUGUGAUAUAUGCUAUUGGGCCAAUGGUUGUGUAUUUCAAGUUUCACAGCUUCGUGUGCCUCGGGGCAAUAUUCAAGCGGAUCUACACGACAAAGUGGACACUUGGCCACCACCACCAACGGCAGGAAGUACUAGAAGCCCCG